AGAGGCGCUGUAUGCCCAAAAUCCAAAAUGUCUAAAAAUGUAAACAAGUGAAUACGUGUUUGCAAAAAAAGUUACUUUUCUUGGUGAAAAAGCCAGCAAAAGGCUUGGGAAAGAUGGCAAAGUGUGCUCCAGAACCUAGUUCUCCAGUGACAAAAGUCUGGAAGCCGGAAUUGUACAAAAUCCAACUGGAGGCUCCAACACCAAAGGCCGUGAUGCGAAAGCAUGACAUUGAGGAUGGUCCAGAGCAGUAUGGGUAUGAGUACCAUGGGGAGAUGGAUCACAGGCAAUCGGAGGAGAUUCUCAGUGAUACGCAAGAUGGAACCUAUUUGGUGCGCAAAAGUCCGGGAGCAGAGGAUUUUUUCACACUUUCCGUGCGUUUCAAUCGUCGGACGAAGCACUACAAGAUCUUCCAUAGGUCCAACUAUGGGCACUACCUAAAAGAGGACUUUAAGCGCUUCGAGACAAUUCACGAUCUCGUAGCCGAUGGUCUGGUGAAUUUCUACAUGCAGAUCCAUGCUGCUCCCAUUCUCAAAGAGAUGAUGGCCCAGACAAAGAAUAGCUACCACCAAAGUCCCUAUAUGACGCUCAAUAGGCGAAAAUUGAGAGCACUAUCGAAUGAUUUGAGAAAGACAAUUCACACGAACAAUCUGGCCAAUCAACUGGCCCCCAAUCCAGCUCCAGCAGCUACCCCGGAUGAGGCUGAUGUCCUCCCUAUUGUAUACGAGAAGCACCACGCCUUCAAGAUUCACAGCUUUAAAGGGCUCAAUUGGUGCGAAUUCUGCGCAAACUUCCUCUGGGGAUUCACAGCUCAAGGAGUCAAAUGCGAAGACUGUGGCUUCAUAGCUCACAACAAAUGUUCAGAACUCGUUCCGCCGAAAUGCGUUCCAGACCUAAAGAGGCUUCGCGGUGUCUUUGGCACCGAUCUCACGACGCUCGUCGCUGCCCAUCACUGUUCAGUGCCCUUCGUCAUCAAGCGCUGUGUGGAGGAAGUGGAGGCCAGGGGGAUGCUCCAGGAGGGAAUUUACAGGGUUUCGGGGUUUGCAGAUGAAGUGGAGGCACUGAAGUUGGCACUGGACAAGGAUGGGGACAAAACGGACAUGUCUGAGGCUGCCUAUAGCAACAUCAAUGUCAUCGCGGGAACAUUGAAGCUCUACUUGAGGCUUCUGCCAGUGCCUCUCAUUACCUUCCAGGCCUACCCGGCUUUUAUGGCAGCCACAAAGUUCAGAAACUCUCGGGAUCAGAUCCAGAGCGUCAGAGAUGCAAUGAAACAUUUACCUCCGGCUCAUUUUAAUUGCCUCAGAGUCAUGAUUGAACAUCUAAACAGAGUUGCCUCCCACCAGAAUAUCAACAAAAUGACGGAAUACAAUCUAGCGACAGUUUUUGCGCCAACUCUAAUCGCAACUCCUCACCAUUUAACUGAUUUAUCACAGGAAAUCUUCAUGCUCUCCUUCUUGAUAACAAACUGCCACAGAAUUUUUGCUUCAUAGAAGCAUUUUAUUUUCGUGGUGGAAUUUCAGAGAUGUUUUCCAGUAUUUUCAGGGAGAUUUUUUCUUAGCAUUUCUAUAGCGAUUUUUCUAACCACAAUCUCUAGUACGAAUAUUUUUUUUUAAAUUAAUCACGUAAAAUUAGGAUGUGAUAAAAAAGAAACCUAUUUAUUGUUAAACAAUUUGGUGCAAUCCCAAGGACAAAAAAAAAGUCUAGAAGAGAUCGCUGGACGAUUGCUAAAAAUCUCAUCUUAAGACGAUUUUUCUAUUAAAACAAAAAAAAAGAGAAAAAAAGAAAUGACCAAGAAUAUUAUUCAGUUUAUUUUUCUACUUAGCUAAAGCACGAUAUAAUUUUCUACCCCAAAAAAAAAGAACUUAACCAAGUGCACUGAAUGUUAUAAAUGAGAAAGUAAAAAAAGACUUUGCAAU